AUGGUCAACGUGGGUUCGAAGCUGGUGACAGAACGGACUGCUGCAGCACGAGCAAAGGUUUUUGUGGGACCCGAACUGAUGAAACUCGUACGAGAAAAUGGCCUGAAGAAAGGUGACGUACUUAGCGUUGCUCGCCUGGCGGGAAUUGUGGGGUCCAAGCAGACGUCCAGCCUUAUCCCUCUGUGUCAUAACAUAUCUUUAUCCUCUGUGGCUGUGGACAUUGAACUGGACUCUGCUCUCAACUGUGCUCUCACUGCUGUAUCGGUGUCUGCCUUAACAGUGUACGAUAUGUGCAAAGCUGUGAGUCAUGACAUUGUGAUAUCUGAAAUAAUGCUUCUGGCCAAAAGUGGGGGAACUAGAGGAGACUUCCACCAGACAUGA